GUGGAGCAUGAGUUGCUGAUUAAAGAAUUGACCACUCAUCUGUAUUUGAAGUCAGAGAAAAGCAGAGAAAAGAGAGCAAAACUGGUGGCGUACAUGACAGACAGUGCUGCUUUGGCUGUAAAAGGUACAAGUACGCACUGUGCCCAUGCUACAUACUUAGGUUGUUAUUGUUAUAUGUGAGUGAUUGGUUACUAAAAGGAAAGAACCAUCCUUGGGAUGAAUUUAUAGUUACAUGUCAUGUAAACAAAUUGUGUCAAGGUCGAAAGCAUUAAAUUUAUGAAGUAAAUCAAAGAAUAAAAUUUUUGCAGAAUCUAAAUUCAAAUCUAAAUAUGAUUGUGGCAAGAUAUGCCCAUGCAAAAAUUUACUACUACUGACAUGUGUCUUUUCAACAGAAUCAUCGUCCAGUAUUGGGUCAUCUGGAGGACUCUUUAAAAAAUCCCAUUCUCGCACUGCUUCAAGUAAGAUGUGAAUAGCAAUUCUCCCUUUCAGCUGUUAUGCAUUUCUUUCUUGGUUACCGGUAGUUGAGAGAAUUUGUGUCUUAUAAGAUGGCAUCCCCUUGCUGAACAUUUUGUCAAUUCUAGUCAUUUUCUUGCUUGAUAAUGCAUUUAGCUUGCUGGGAGACAUUACAUGUACUGAAAUUUUUUUCUGGGUUGAAGGAGUUAAAAAAAGGUCUAGAACUACUUGAUGAUGUAAGCUCUCUAGCCAAGUAACAUUCAUUACAAUUAUCAUGAUCAUUGGUAAAGCUUAAAAUUGUUAUGACCAGUGAUUUUUUCUGUAUAUUUGUGGUAUAUCAGUUGUAUUAUCAUUGCUCUCUGGUGUUAUUACCUUGAUGGGUAUGGUUGUAGUGCAUCACAACACAAUAAGCCUGUGAUAUCACUGUUAACAUUUCAUUGAAAUAAUUUACAUUGCUCUACUUUUUCUAGCACUUCCAGAAACUAAUGCGAGUAAGCAAAGAAAGAUUUACUGCAUUUCACUUUUUUUACUCUCUCCAGACCCUGUUAGACAAACCUACAUUUAUUUUUGAAUUUAUCUCUUUGGAAUGAUUAUUAUCUUGUAAAAAAAUUGAAGUCAAGUUAAUUUUUUUCCAUACAUGACAUACAUGGUGGUUGUAAAAAUUGAAUCUCUAUUAUCUAACAAGAAGUGCUUAUGUUUAUGCUUGUGAAAGGUGUUCCAUUACUUGGUGAUUGUAAUUUUCAGUGUGAUUACUUUUUCAGGAUCAUUUAAUCUUUCUGAAACAAUAUCUUCAGAUGAUUCUCUUUCUUCAACUGAGGUGAAAAUGAGAGAAUUAAUUGUAUAUAAUUUACUAUUUGUGCAAACUUUCCAUGUCUUAAGACAGCCUUCUUUGAGUUGAUACAUGUAAGUAAUAUAUGUAAACAUCAAGGGAAGUUUUAUUAUGCAAUUCCUUUUUUAUAUAUAUUAAGCUCAUAGUGAGAAGUAUUAACCCUCUGACCCCUAAGAGAGACUGUGGUCUAAUUUUUCCCCACGGUUUCACCCCUGAAUCAAAAUUACGGUCAUGGGAAGAGUGUUAAUAAGAUGGAUAUUACUUGAUUUGACAUUAAAUUCAGAGAUGAAGAAUCACUAGAAACAUAUUGGGGAUAGUACUAAGAUAUUUAGAUCUUAGCACAUAUUUAGAUCUGGGGAAUGAACAAUGAUGAAAAGAACAAUGAUGUAAAAUAUAUUGUUCUGUCUUAGGUCACUGAAGAUCUCAAUACUGACCCUGAGGCUGACAGUAAUCACUUCAUGAUCGUGAUCAUAGAGUCCCUAUCUCUUCUUGGGAAGAUCCCUGAAGCACUAGAGGUACCACAACUUAUGUAUACUUUUCUGUUUAUAUAAAUUAAGAGCAUAUCUCUUACUAGUACAAUCAUAACCAUUACAAUUUCUUCAAAUGUGAUUGGUACAUAAGCUGCUGUAUUUUUCACUUGUCAUUCUUAACUGUUGUAAUUGGACAGAGUAAUCAAAUGGUUGGCUGUAAUCAGACACCUGUAAUUGGACAGUUGAAGCAGCCAAUCAUACUUAGUCCUUUCAGCCAAAUCUACCAAUCACAGAAUUGAUCCCACUAACCAUAGCAACAACCACUUAUCCUGAGAACAAGGGAAUUUCCAAAAUGGAGGAACUUUUUACUUAAAUAGACACUGUCCCUAAUGGAAAUGUUUCUCCUAAAUUUAUGUCUUUUUUUCAGAAAUUGUAAUUGUUAUGAUUAAUUGGUAAUAGGACUUUGUGUUGUCCAAUUAUGUCUGUAGUCAUACAUGUACUACUGAUUGACAAAUGAGACUCACUUGUAUGAUUACAGACUGAAUUGGAAUCCACCCGGUCCUCUUGCCAUCAGUAAUUGCCGGGUUGUCAUAGAGUUUCUAAGCUCUGGUCCGUCAAGGAUUCUGUCCCAUUUCUCUAUAAUCACCAAUGUGAUUAUAGCAGUGGUGCUAUAUUUCAACACCACUGUUAUUAUGUUAUUAUAAAGACUGUUAUUAUGCAGCAACUGUAUAUGCAGGUCACUUGUUGGGUGCCUGGCCAAUGAGAAGGAAGAAAAAAAGGAAUUAAAUGACAAAGAAAUGACACCAAUGAGACCUUCCAUGUAUGUGAAUUUGGAUUAUUGAAAUUUAGUGGGUAUGAUGGUAUAAACAAAGGGUUAGUGAACAGGUAGCAAACUGGUUUCAUUUAUUGCUUCAAAAAGGUUUCCUGUAAACAGGAAGUAACAUAUUCUCUACUGGUUGAUGUAAAGACCUUACAAAUGUCUAAAAGUUAAUCAAUCCAAACAAAAUUUACCCUUCCUCAAGUUCUGCUGCUUGCUGCUUUGCUGCUUUGAUUUGACAGGCAAUCAAAAAGCGAAUGAAGAUAGAGAUGUCAUUAAUUAUCCAUAGGGCUACAACACUUGUUACUAAGAGGUAAGAGGUGUCAUUUUUGUUCAAGAAUGUAUUUCAGUUUGUAUUCAAGAAUGUAUAAUAUACAUUAUUAGUUUUCUGAGGUUAGAAAGGUACUUCUUUGCACACUCACAAAAUGGUUGUCAUGCUUGAAUUGUAGUAGUAAUUUAAUUGAGCAUGGCUAACUUAUUUUGUAGAGCACUGAACUGUUGUGCAGUAAGUUGAGGGUUCAGGUCCCAGGCUGGCCAACACUCAGGGUCUUCAAAUUGUUUAUACAGGUCCCCAUUUAAACUAGCUUUAAAAGCUGAACUGAGCUAGUAUUGCAAAUUAAUAAAUUAAGAAGAGAGUUUCUCCAAUCAAAUAAGCCCUCUGUGUAACUUGGAAUACUUGAUGUCUGAUAAUGGGAUUGUAUAUAAACCCCAGGUUUUUAUUUUUCCUCAUUCUUCUUUUUUCUCUCCCUCUUUUUUCCCCUUUAAAUUAACUUUUGGAUUCUUGAACAGGAUUGGACAACCUGGAGAGAUCAUACUUCAACAGGUAUUUGCAUGUAUUUAGUACAAUUUGUCUUGGAUUUUCCAAAAUUAAUUUUGAUAUAAUAUUAUGGAAGUAAAAGAUCUUGUACCAUAUCGACUCUCUUGUGGCAAGUUGGAGCCAUUUUUGGAAGCAUGAAUCUACAAGGAAUGUUGCUACAGGUACUCCUCCGGAAAAAAGUUGCAAGUCCUUUGCAGGUCAUCCACUUUCCCCAGCUCGCGACAUGAUUUCAUGUUUUGCUGACAGUUAAAUGUUUCUGUUUAAUCCUUCAUGAAAAAACGCUUACGAGUUACUGAGAGAGAAUGAUUUCUUGCACAAUGGAGCAAUUUUUUUACCAAGUGUCGAAACUUAUUCAGGAGGGCAUUGGUUUCGGUUUACUUUGUUCUGUGAUUGGUCCAGAAAACUCGCGUCACUCACUGGACCAAUCACAUGCAAAACUAACAACUUGGUCGCCCGCGUUUUCCCACGUUUGAGGCGCUGAGCUUGUUUUCACUUUGAGUUCCCAUUGGCUCUUUGGGUUAUUUUCCUUUCUAUCUUUUUACGAUACUCGAUCGAAAAGCGCUCAAACACAACCCAGUGACCCUGGAUAAAGCUCCAAGUGGGACACUUUAUGUGACGGCCAGCAUAUUAUAAACAUUUCAUUAUGUCGUCUCCCAGUAAAGAGUAACAAAGAGUUUUUCUUUAUAUUUUCAGAAUCAGCCUCAUUACCUUUUGGAACUCUUAGAAGUGGUGUUCGACUUGUUCAGAGCCGUGGCACAUGCGCAUGAUACAAUUCUUUCUGCAAUCCACCGAAUCAUUGUAAGGAAUGAGUUUUCUUUGUAUUUUAAAUAAAUAAAUUAUAUCACUAUUUCUCAGGUUGCUGUUGUUCCAUAAAUGCCCCGUGCCAGCUAUAUAAUAUUUUUUUGGUCAGAAAAGUUUCAAAAUAGAGGAUUCUAUGAAUAUUAUUGUGCAACUUUGUAGAAAUGUAAUUUCAAAAACGAGUUAUUUGGUUAAGUGCUUCGUGCCUUGCCACUGAGCUACUGAGUAUAUGAUGGUGAGCCGGGCCACGACCCGGCUCGGCUCUUGAAUUGUUCCCUGUAGUUUAUAUGACAAAUGUUUGGGAUACAAGUUAGGCAGACUGAUCUCGAUCCCUUCAAUUGUAGGAAGGGAAAAGUUCCUUGACGUGAAGUUAUGGACAGUAUUCCAUGCAUUCUUUCAAAAUGUUGUAUUCCUUAUUUCCAACGUAUUCAUCAGAUCAUGCAAUAGUUCCUUUGCGAGGUUACAGUAAUGCAUUUUGUCACACACGGCUGGGUGUUUGGGAAUAUGUUUUAAAAGAACUUUUGUAACAACACAAAUAAAUCAUCGCAGUAACUGAGAAGAGAGGUAGUAGGGAUGUAAACGCGUUAGGUUCAUCUGUUUAUUCUUGCUUGAGAUAUACCGUGUCGUCCUUGAAAACCUUGUGAUAAUUUUUCCAAGAAUGUCUAGUUGGUGAUGUAAUGCUCUUUUCCAUUUUCUUUUUGCAGAAGACGUCAGAUACGCCGAUUGAUUUAGGUACGUUUUAAAAUAUAAUUUACUUGUGUAUUAUUUAACUGUUUGCAACUCGCUUGUGACAUACCAUAUUGAUGGAAAGCUACGCAACCUAUUUUAAAAACAAUUUUUUAUUAGAAAUCUCAUCCAGUGGCAACCUGAUUUGGCAAAUUUUUGAAAGUACUAGCCAUUCCAAACAUAAGACUUACUUUAGCUUGCCUAAGUGCAAAGCCCGCCGUUUAAUAUAUACUUAUUGACCGACUGGAUGGGCAAUUGGACGAGAAAGUAACCCUAUGUCACGAGGUGCGGACCCUGUAGCUCUUGGUCGUUACCUGAUGACCGAGAGCUAAAUAUUUUCCCGUCCGGCCCGACCUCACUCAGUCAAUGAGUAUUUUACCAUAUGACCUCAGCUUUAACCCUUUAACUCCCACAUCAAAUUUGCAAUUCUCCUUACUGUCAACCAUACAAUUCUUAUAAUGUUAGUUCAGAGAAUUUAGUAUUGGAUCAACUAAUUAUCCCUAAAUUGAUGUUUUUUCUCUAUUCUCAUCACUUAUCUGGUUGAUAUUGUAUUGAUAUUGUAAGGAGAAAUUCUGUCUUGGUCACUCAUGGGAGUUAGAGGGUUAACUCUUCCUUUCUGUUCUACUCGCCUCGGCUUGCGAGCAGGCCUUCAUUAUUGGCGCUGCAAGAAGCACGUUUCUUCGCCCGCGGGAAGAUUGAAGACGAGUCGAACAGAGUUUUGCGGGGGGAGUGCUAGACCCCUUACAGACUCCUCCCGCGCUCAAAGCCUCAUACGUCCUCGCGGGUGAAGAAACACUCGUGCCGAAUCAGUAAUGAUGAGGGCCAGCUCGCAAGCUAUACUUGCCUCUUUUGGACCCUUACGCCGGGUUGUGGGUCCUUCUCUAGCCCUAAUGGCACCAAUGCGUACAACCCUCAUAUGUUUUUUUGGGGGAUGUUUUCCAACAAAAGUGUGUACUGGAGUGAACGGGUCUCACUGUAGUAAUAGUUUUUUGGGUCAUUAAAAUAUUGUGUACACAGAUUAGGCUAAAAAUUGCCCAAUUCUGAUGGAACCAUUUUCUUUUUUAGUUGGGAAGUUAAGCAAGUUGACCCUUCCUCUUUUUGUUAUUAGGAGAUACAGACAUUUACACCAUUGACGAUGUUUGGUCUGAGAUUCAAUUUGCUGUAAGUGGAAACAUUUUGUACUGAAGAUGUAGGAUCACAAAAGUGUAGGGUUUUGUUGCAUUCGUUCUCCUGAUAGUAAAAUUUACUUUCAGAUCCAAGUAUUGCUGGGUGACUACUUAGAUGUUCAAAACACUGCAACACAGCAAACUUCAGUGAGCUUUACUGAGUCAUCAAGGUAAUUUCUUAUCUUCGUGAACGAUUCUAUUAGAGCACAUAUGUUUUAACAUAGUUACAGUAAGCGGGAAGUCGAAUAGUGCAGCAGUGAGAGCGCUCGUCUUCUGCUGCUGUGACCCGGGUUUCGAUUCCCUGCACCGGCGUAACAUGAUGGUUGAGUUUUGUUGUUGGUUGUCGUCCCUGCCCUGAGGGUUUAUGUCCGGGUCUUAUCGGUUUUCCUCCCUUCACAAAAACCCACGUUCCUAAUUCCUAUUCGACCUGGAGACAGUGGACGGGUAGAGCUACCUCAAGGAAAGUCCACGGCUAAAUUCCCAUUAUUAUUAUUGUUAUUAUUAUUAUUAUUAUUAUUAUUACUAUUAUUAUUCCUACUUAUUAUUACUUAUUAUUACGAAGGAAAAUGAUGUGAGGUGCCGGUGGUGGGAACUUAAGUCAAAAAUCAAACUUUUUAUGAAAGCGAGGGAGAACGCGAGGGAUACAGUUGCGCAUUGUUUGAGUUUGCGUCGGAUUCAUUCGGAGGAUAGAACAAGUUUUCUGCAUCGAUCUCUCAGGAAUUUGUAAAACUUCAAUGAACGGUUCUCACUAAUUGCAUUUAGUUUUUAAACAGUUGAAUAAAGCUCAGUAAUGGUCUGUUUAUUUCCUUUUUCCUAGUGAUGUGGCAGCAUUCUUUUCUCUUAGAAGAAGAGGACCUCUGAAGUCUGAUGAACGGGUAGGAAUACUGAGUCUUAUUCUUCCUCUGCUACUUCAUUUCACCAUAUUAGGGCAUCGGAACGUACAGAAUGUGCCCCCGAAUUACAUUGUAAAACGUGGUAAUAAAACAGAUGAAAAGCGGAGCAAUAAAAAAGCAGCUUCAGGGCGUGAAAUUGCGCCUAAUACAGGCGCCAAUGCGCCUAAAUUUUUCACUUUGGCGACCAAAUCCUGACAGUUAGUCGCCAAAUUGGCAACUAGAAUGUUUCAUCAUAACCUUACCAAGAGAUAUAGUGAAUUAAAAAGAUUUGCAAAGAUAAAUCCGCUGCAAACUUCCUCGUUAAGUUUGUUUCCAAAACGUAGCACAUGCAUCUCGAUCGAUAACUAGAAGCCAUCUUGGAUUUAGAUGAGCCUAAAGAUUGUAUAUCAUCCACCCUAGUGUCCACUUUGUAGCACGUUAAAGAUCUUUUUCCUAACUUAAUUUUGGAGGGUCUAUCUAGAACGCUGACAGCGUAAAGAAAGAUUUUGUUUGUCUUUGAAAAUAGCGACCAACUUCUUUUGAAUUGGCUACCACUUUGAAGAACUUAGGAGCCAAGUGGCUAUCGGAAAAAAAAGUUAAUUUCACGCCCUGAGCUUAGAACGAUCCAAAUUUUUUUUGCUUUUUCUCCUUUUUUCAGGCUUCGCUUUACAAGAUGUACCUUAAGACGCUGCAGAUUUUUUUGUGCGCCAUUAUUAACACUUAAAUGGUUUCGUUCGUGUUCUUUUCUUCUUUCGCGCGGCCUUACGCGAUCUAGACGAGGUUCAGAUGAGGUUGUAAGAUAUAUUUCGAAAACUAGAAGCCAAAUACGUGAAACAACCAAAAUACUCUGGCUCCUUCGACGUUCGCUCUGAUAAAGGGCUAACGCUCGAAACGUCAGCUUUGAAACUCUCUACGGUGGCCAGUUUACGUUAUCAACUCCUCGAUAAUACUAAAUUACCCUGAUAUACUCUCCUACCGACGCAGCACCACAGUUUCUUUAGAAACUUAUCCCCUUUAUUCAUUUGCUUUUCAGACCCCACUGUAUCGUUUUGAAGGUUCCUCGUCAGCUAUCAGUAUGAAUACGUACAUCCGGGAGAGGCGCCAAGAAUGCAUGGCUGGUACUGCGGUAUGUAAAAAAAUCUUUGAUCUAAAAGAGUCAUUAGGGGACUGGGUACAAAUUGUUUUAAAGCUGAAAUUUGCCACUUCUAAGAGCGUCCAAGCCCUCGGGGCCAGUCAUUGUUAAUCGCCUGAGGGGAAGGGGGGGAGGGGGGGAAGAGAGGGGUGUGGAGGAUUUUAAGGGGAUCAUAUGGUUUUCAGGGUAACGGAGGAAGGAUCAGUCGUCGCGACAGAGUGUAAAAGGGGGAUUAUGGAAAAUUGGCUGCUAAUUAGCUACCGGUGAGAAGUGAUAAUAAGAAUAUUACAGAGCCUUAAAGGGGAAUUAAGCAAAUUUUAUCGUGAAACAACCAAAAUCCUCUGACUCUAGCAGUUGAAUAAAAAAUGACUUGUCUCUUACUUAGGUAUUGACUUUGUAGAGUUUUGUAACCCUUUAACUUCCAUUAGUGAUCAAAAAAAAUUUUUUACAAUAUCAAUACAACACUAGUUAGCACAAUUAGCAAACGUUCAAAAUGAGUGAAUGUUGUGAUCCUCUUUCUGCGAGGCUUAAUUUUACUGUGCGAUCGAUGAUAGCAAAGCUCCGUUUAAAGACAACGUGGCUAAAUCGAUUAAUUUUCAAACCUACCAUGACAAGUCUCACUCAGUAAAAAAUGGAUGCUGUGCAGUGCAUUGCGAAUAGGAGGAGCCAGGGGACGCUCUUCUUCUCAUUCUCUGUUUUCGCGCGGAGCUGAUUUCAUUGUAUUCAGUCAUAGCGUACGUUUAUGUCCCUUGCAAAUAAAUACUACUUCGUCUUCUAUUAAAACUUUCAGAAUGAAGAUGACGAUGACACUUAUGGAGUGCCGUUACACAACACCAAGCCACAGCUGUUAUGUAAACCAAACCCAAGGAACAUUACAGGUGAACUGAUAAGAAAAAUCCAUGUGAAUCGAGGUCGUGAUGACAUACUUUGCGUUGUAAUGAUAAAUUUACGGAUCAAUGUCAGUCCCUGAGCAACUGCGCACUUACCCUUCCUCUAGGCCAACUUUAACCCCAACUUGUAAUCAGUUGACUGUUGUAGAGUUCGCGGAGGGAAGGCUCAGGUGCGCAGUUGCUCACACAUUUUCAUUGCUCGGAAUUUUACAAUCGACUCUGUUGAUAUUUUUCUUGAAACGAUUUACCGUGUUUGUUUACCUCGCUAACGUUGGCUUUCCUUGUUUUUUUCUCAGUUGUCUUCUGCCCUCUGAUGUCCUUUGUCGGUGAAAUAGAAUCAGCUAUUAAGAUACACGGAGAGUAAGUGUGCUGUAGUUAGUUUCUUUUCUACCUUCCUGUCUUUACUUACUACUUGAAAACGUUGUCAACUUGACAAAUAGAUUCCAUGUUUCCGUUCAUCUGUUUAGUAUAGUUAAUCACAUGAUUUCGAGUGAAAUUUGGAAUAUAUAAGCAGGAGUAAAUUUUUUCAAAGACAAAAUUGUACGAUCCCAUAGGGCGAGUGCAAUUUGUGGUCUUAAAAAAAAAAUAUACAAGUGCACAUUUAUUCCAAAUUGCACGAGAAAAAUCAUGUGAUCACUUACUAAUAAUAUACGUGAAAAAAAUACGAGAUAGCUUAUCAUAAUUACACAGAAGCAAGGCGCGCGCAUCAAGUGCAAAAAUAAUUGAUUCAAACCCUGCAAGUGACAUUGCGCGUUCGGUCAAAACAACCGCGCACGAUCAAGACAGUAACACACAAUGAUGCUUUUACAUCUUUAGGCGCAAAAAAGUUUAAAUCCCGGCUAAACAGUUCAAGGAAUUGUUCAGUCUGGUGUGUUACUUCUUUGCACUGAAUUAACCCUCUUCUGCAUUGAAUUACCUGGAAACUGCAUUUAUCUCAACCAAUCAGAACUGAAAAAUUUUUUCGUGUAUCUUAUUAGAAAUAAAAUAAGAACAAAAAAGUGGCUCAGGAGGCGCAGCUGAGCGUGUCACUGAUGUUCUUUCCACUUUUUGACAUCCUCUGUGAUCUGUUACUAUACAAACGUACUGCAACACGGAAUCUAUCUGUUUUAUAUGAUAAAAAGCAAAUUUUCGUUGAUGGAGAGUAAUCUAAGCGUAAUAUAAGUAAGUAACAAAUCAAAAUGCGUUUGUAAUUCAGCUUAUCAUAUGCUGUUUCCUGGUUCAACUGUUGUUCAUCCAGUCAGAGCGAUUACUUGUUGCAAUAACAGUUUUGGCAGGACCAGAGAUUUCUUUUCAACUCACCUAUCCAUUCGGACAAAUACACCAUUUCUUGCCCGCUUGAGCUCUAAACUAAAACGUCGCAGUAACGGCUUGAAAAUGCAGACGAACUCACGGGACACUCGGAAAACCAUACACAGAAUAGGAAUGAAAGAGGCUAAGGGACUUUUGGAGUUGUUUUUGGGACAGCGUGGAGAAAAUUUGGCCCAGUCUUGUUCAUUUGUAACUCUGAAUUUUACUGGAGAGGUGACUCGAGGAAAAUCUCCAUUUUUCAUGUGGAGUAUAAUUUACCUGUAAGAGGCUGUGGGUCUGUUAUUUCAUUGCUAACUUUACUUCCUCUAAAACUUUACAAUAUUUCUUUUUAGGAUGAGAUGUACUCUAUAUGGUUUUAUCACUGACUACGUGAAGGAAAUUUUUAUUGAGGACAUCCUCUUUCAUAUUCUUGAGAAGUUGAAAGAGGUAACCGAAGGUAAGACUCAUUGUACUAAAGGCAAAAAAGAAAAAAAAAACCGCAGAGCAGAGUUUGAAGAUUAGAAAUGUUACAGAGGUGAAAGAAGUCGCUUUCGCCUUCUGUGGCCAGGAUUCGAUUCUCGGAGCAGGCACUACGUGUGUUGAGGUUUUUUUUUUCAUAAGUGCGAAAUGAGAACCAAUAACCAUUCCAACAAUGCAGUAAUGCGCCUCCCACUGAAGGUGGGAAGCGGAUGCUUCCGCUGCUGCGCCUUCCGUUAUUCAGUUUAUCCGAAUUCAGACAUACGCAAUGUUCAAAUUGGCCUCCUGACUGAAUGUAAUACUCAAGCGAUUACAGAAAGCGCUAACAUGCUGUUGCUGGUUAUUGAAAUUUUUUGUUUGCUUUCUUUGUCGAUAGACACGGACACAUUUCGAAGGACCACUGAUGCAAACAUUUUGAAGCUCUUGGGAGCAAACAGACCCCUUCUGCAGGUAGGUUUUUGUUGUUGUUUUUUUUUUUGGCUUAAUCUUUCGAGCCCAGUAGCUUAUCAAACUGGAGCUUAUCCCAGUUUUUUAUUACGUGAAGCAAUAAGCAGUAAAAAAAACUGAUGCUAUCCCAUGGCAGGUUUCUUUUCCCACGUCCCACUCCCUCAGUAAAGAAUUAAUUUAAAAAAGAAUUUGUCAAGUUUCUUUGAACGUUCACCGCUACCCAGUUGAACUUCCGGGUGUAGAGAGGCACUUUGAGAAUAAAGUAGUUUACCCAAGUUACAGAGUGCCCUGCCAAGGGCUCGAACCCAGACCUCUCGAUUCGGCCGGAUUUCAACGCGGUCACCCGGAAUUCAAAUACCGCGUCUCCCUGUAAAACCUGACGAUAUUUCAGUGUCGGGUUUUUCAAUUAAUGCUGGUUACCGGCGGUUUCCGGUUGGUUAUUAGGCCUCUUAUGGUCGUCUUUCAAGGAUUUAUUUAUAAGACCUUUACGGCCUUUUUAGUUCAGUACCAUCUUUUUUACGAACGGUAGUCACGUAUGAAAGAAAGAAGUAAUUUAAACUUUCUUUAGUUUCAUUUUUAAUCGACUCUAGUGCUUUUCCCUUGUCUGACUAGAGCACUGCGACUGUAGAACAACUGAUACAGGAUCUUAAGAAUCUUAUGCAUAGCUUACCAAGCUACUCGCCUCAGUUUGUUGAAAUGGUUUCCAAAAUGCUGACGAUUUUCAAGAAUCGGUGCGAUGAGACAUACAAAGGUAAGUUCUAUCGCGUGUUGUCCUCUUCUGCCAACUUGGUAAAAAUUGUUAUUUCAAUUACAACCUCUUUUGUUUAUCUGCAGAUCUGCUGAAAUACAGCAUGGAUGGUGACAGACACACUCGUGUUUUCAGCGCCAACUGGACCAAAGACGAAGACAUCAGUCGCUGCUUGAGGUAAGGAAGUGAUCAACAUAUAACUUCUCCCUAUAAUAUUCAUACAUUAUCCAGCAAACAGGUAGAAGAAUAUUCAAACUUAUCACAUAGAAAAUUGUUAUGGCGUCCGAAUACCAAAUUCCCGUAACUAAUUUUAUAGGAAAUGUGUAGCAGCUAUUGGGGAGAAUUAACAAUCAGAUCUUGGGAGUUGAAAGGUUCAGGCUCAGGAACCUACUGUCCCGUUUCAGCCAAGCUUUAUCCCGAAUCUGCAGUAUGAAGCGACUAAGGAUAUUCAAGGGUGUUAAGAAGUUUGAAAUUGAAGGAAAACAAGAAGUAAGAGGUGGUAAAAUUCUCGUGAACGCCAUGUUAUUUUAUUAGGCGUUCCACGAAGUUCGAUCGAACCUUUGGUAAAUUAUUUAUUCAAUCCGACUUGAUAAAUGGCCGCUGUGCAAGGGGCUUCAAUGGUACUUCAAUAUAUUGACGAUUUUUUAUCAACUUUUGUGGUAAAAUGAGGUGAAAGUAGCCGACCAAGUCGGCAUACCAGCCGACGAUCUUUUGCUGCAUACAAGCUGUCAUUGACAGCUCUUAGUUUUACGACUCCUCUUAGAAGGGAAAACUAGUCUUUCCUAAGCUGGUGACCAUGUUCCUUGAUAGUUUGUUGGCGCAUCUUUGUACUCUUUGGUUGAAAGAGGCAUUGUGGGAGUUUAGUGCCGGCGGGUUGGUUAUGAAACGCAACACUGGGACCCUCCGAGAGUCCGAACAUAGACCCUUCUGUUCAGAGUCUAGCAUCCCAAGCGCUACGCCACCUCGUCUCGACAUUACCUUAUCGUAUUUGACUUUUGAUUCAAAAGAGAUAUUGAAUGGAAAUAGAUAGACUUUCGGUGUAGAAGGAACUUAGUGCGAGGCUGUUUGAGCCUGGCUAACUGUUGCUCUGCCCUGCAGGUCCUUACCAAACUGGCCUGGCCUUCAACAACACCACACGCAUCGACAAAGACAGGUUAGAGUUCAGCUUAGCCCUGCAAAGCGCUUGAGGGUUACUUUGAUUGGAUCGCAUUUGAAUGAACCAACCGUUUUUGUGCACCCUUGAAAAGAGACGUUAUUUUUUUCAUGGUCGUUUCAGUUUUACAAUAUCCAGAACCAUCCAAAUAGUAAUCCUGCCGUAGAAAUUUCAAACGCACCAAUUUUUCUUGUAAAGGAUACAGUUCAAAAAGUAUCAAACGAGCAAACAAACAAACAAACAGAGCAUGUCCUGGAGUUUUUCCAAAUGUCUUCUUCAGGUAGCCAUUUGAAAUUAACCUUAAUUUGAGUUUAAGAAUUGCUUUUAACAGAGUGGUAACUUUUUUAAUCGUGAAGUUGAUCUGGAACGAUUCUUUUGUCUCAGGAAGAUGGAGAACAAGAUAUUGAAGCUGCAAGGAAACGAAAUCAAAAGGUAACGAGGGCGCUUUUUGAUUGAGAGUUUCCAUCAUAAUUUAUCAUAAUGGUCAGUUGUAGCAAAGGUAUAAGUCACAAAGGGCGUAUGGCAAAAUCCCUAUCAAGUAAGAACCAACCAAAACGCUCGGAUUUACCUCCGGACUACCUUGCCAUAUAAUAAUACUUUUUAUAAUUAUUUUAUUACAUGAUUGUUCUUAUUAUAAAUGAUUAUUUGCACGAUUAUGAUUAUUUUGAUUCACUUGCACGGCAUUUGUGUACAGGAGACGGACAUACUGACUGACAAUCUGGCCAAGCAUCUUCUGAAUGAUUCUGAAGUGUUGUUUGAAACACGUGACCACAGAACACUGGCAAACCUUCAGGAGAGCAUGGUAGGAAAACACAUCACGUGUCUCCUUGUAAUUAAACACCAGGGUAGCACUACAGCAACCUGACGCUCCUUCUCCCGAAAGAAUAGGUCAAGUUUCUAUAGUGUCUUAUUUCUACUUAAACAUAUCUCAGUUUCUAUAUCAUGAAGUGACUAUAGGGUAUGACUAAUAAGAAUUACUACUCUGCCGGGAUGGGGAUGUUAGUCCAAGGAGUGUCCCCUCCCCCGCCUCAAGAGCCAUCGUGAGGGUUGUCUGUCUUGCUCUGCACUAAUCCAACACGUAACCAAGCUGGAGUUCAUACCUAGACCUUUCAAUUCGGUGUCUAGCGCGUUGAACUCGUGGCCACCGACUCCAGAAUCCAACCUAAGUUGGAAGCAACGUGAUUGAGAAUUUAGAAUACUUGACUUAAGCUACUCAUAGGAUUUAUUCUCAGUCCCCCCUUGUUGAACUCUCUGGUCUGAAAAGCUUUAUUGGGGUAGUGGUCAAUGAAUGAAUUAAUCUUUGAUAGCGGUAGAUAAAUGUUGCUCAAAUAUGGCAUAAAACGCUAAGUAAGUUGCGCUUUUUGCCCAUGUGUGUUGUUAGGAGUGGCUGGCAGGUCACAUACGGGGUUUUACCACAAGCUUAACAGCGCAGUCCACAGGUAUAAGUCUUGUCACAACCGAGUCACAGGAGAGAAUUAAACCAGUAAGUUGGAUUGAAAAUCUUUUAAAGCUACCUUCCUUUGUUGUACUUUACUGAGACAAUUUAAGAACAAGAAAACAUUUCUUUUGGGCUACAUUGCAAAGUCUUAUUGUAAGCAGUUGGGCUUCAAAGAAAAAAAAACUGCGCUAUUGGGUUUCACUGAAAGAAAUUUGGCCCUGUUUGUUUGAAGGGUGGAUAACGCGGUUCACUAGAUAGAUCCCUAUCCGGUGGACAGCGUGGAACGUUUUGAUAACGCUUAUCCAACUGGGCCCUGGGAACAGAACAAAAACUCUUCUUGUCAGAUAUCAGAAUACACACCUCCUUAACACAAUAAAGCACAUAAAUUGAAAUUAAAGGUAAAUUUGCGAGGAAAUCGCGCAAAACGAUCAUUUUGGUUAGGUUUCAAUUUAUCAUUUGAAAGUUCUUACACCUGUAAAACGUAUGUUAACAUAUCUAAAAUACCGAGGAACGGAACAAUAUUUUAAACGAUGAAGAUGUUUUAUAUAGUCUAUUGUUUUCACCCACAACACGCUUUGUCCAUGGGUAUUACUUUGUUUAAAAUAAAGUCCUUAUAAUAUCUUGGAAACUGCAUGAUUUAAACCGAAGUCUGUGGCCAUGUCAUCGUAAUUGUUGUGUGGAAUUGAGAAUUUUAGAUUCCAGUUUCAUUUGAGCCUCAACGGAAGGAAAAACAUUUUCGUUAGGAACGAUUUUUUAAGAGGUGCAACAUUGAGUUAAACCUGACACAAUGCAAAAUUAAACUUAACAGCGAGAUGUGCACGACGGCUAUGGAUUUGCUUACGUUUAUGGUAGAAAUUGGGUGAGUUGUCCAAGCAUUACUUGUCAAUCGACAUGAGAUAUAAUCUGUAAUAACUUAAUUGCUUCUAGCUAAAAAAUUGUAAAGAUAAAUUAUCCACACAUUUAUUUUCAUCGGUCGAUUUUUGAUUCCUCAAAUAGUGAAACGGGCAAACUUGUUCCUUGUCGUAUCAUUGAGAGAGUUUACUUAAAAGGUGCUCAUAAACUCGAAGAUCUUUAUUUGAAUUACUGCUUAUUGUUCUCAUCAAUAUCAUUUAUUGAUCUUCUAAAACAGAGCUUUAAAAUGAGGGCAACUAAUUGAUCGAUAUAAUUUCAAAAGUAACUCAGUUUAUUAUUUUUUGGAAAGUAUCAGUAAUGCUGCUGGACCCACUGAAGUGAAGUGCAAUUUCGCCUGAUAUCAAGCGCAUGCUUUUAUAACACAUGGUUGAUAUCAGACCAAAAUUGCACAUCACGAAUGACCAUUCCAAUUUAGAGGAAGUUCAAUUCAAUCACCUAACUACAGGAUUUUGGUCAGAAUUAACACUUAAUUGAUUCACAUCAAGUAUGUUAAAAAAUUAGUGCGAUUUGCAGAUAAAUUUUCUAGUUGAUAUUUGGAGAAGUGAAGAAUUGUCCGUCAGUAGGGUGUUGUAAGUCAUCUUCAUGUUAAUCGAUAGUUCAGCUUUGCUGUGAUGUUAUUGGCUUAAAGUCUCCAGUUGCACGAGUUGGUCGUGAUUGGUCAGUUUCGAUCCCUCGGUAAUGUUCUGUACGAUUCGCAUGUUGUGUAAAUGUUGUAAAUAACUAUUUGUUUGUAAGAUGCCGGUUGGUAGCGGUAGUUGAUGUUAUUAUGAAAGUCAAGCGAGGAAAUUUCUUCCACUUGGUGAGAAAUUAAAACUGAUGAACAAAUUCGUCGAAGCCGUCGUGAGUUGUAUCGUGUUAUAUACUUAAAUGUAUUUUUGAGCCUUGCUUGAAGUUGCUUGCCUUUUGUAUCGUUUAUUUUACAGCAAGAAAUCCCCCCAGUCUCCCAGGAAAUCCUACAGUAAGUAUUUCUAUCUCGUUAACUGUUAUAAAGUGAACCUCUUUCAAGUGAGUUUCCAACCUAAUAAUCCGGGAUCGUUUUGGUUUUGCUUUAGAGUAGUUCUCAUUGAUAGUAAAAUAUAAUCCGGGAGUGCGCUGGUUGUGAUUUUGGUUUUAGUUCAGGUUUUGCUUUUGCUUUACUUUUCUUGGUGAUUGGUCCGGAAAAGUCGCGCCACUUUUUCCAACAGUCAGAUGAAAAACUAACCAAUCGCGACUUGGUCGCCGAACGAUAGAUUCUGACAUUACCCAUUGACCGAUCCAACGUUUUUCUUGCAAAACCAAUCUUCCCUUUUUUGAAAAAAAUGAAAUGAUUGUAAUACAGCCUAUCCUUAAUACACCCUUUCGGUACAACUCAAAGUCUUGUUGAGUAGAGUAAAUGCAGCACACCACGUUUACAGUUCUAGCUGGGUGGAGGCAAAAGCCUGCCCGCGUAUCCACUGAACUGAGCACGUUCGGGUUAAGAACUCAGCUCUCUACCACGUAGAUCCCCUGUCUUCACCCACUCUCCCCCUCCAUGAAAGGCUUAUGAGACGGGAAAAAAAUGAUUGGCAAAUAAAGGUUUUGCCUUGCAUUUGACUUACAAGUAGUGGCCAAAAGGUAAAGUUUUGUAUUUCUUACUCAACUUUAAAAGAAACUCUGUAGAAAGUUAGUCAAAACUUAAUCACGUUUUUUCAACCCACAGAUCACUUACAACGCUAGCAGAAGAUUUUCAGAAAAUCUCGGACUCUUGCUUGCUUGUGCUUCAUCUGGAGAUUAGAUGCCAUUGCUUUUAUUUCUUGAUGCGGACUGUGCAAGAGGUCAGUUACGCCCUUCUGUCCUACAGAAGACAAAACGCUACAAAAUGGUAGCCUUACCAUCUGUUUCAAUAGGAAAUAUUUAAAAGCAAGGGCAGUUUUUGAUACUGGAUUGAAGAAAGCUUUGCAACGACAUGACACUGCUUUCUCUGAUGUGCUUCUCUGUUAAUACCAAAAACUGUAGAUAAGGCGUGACACAGGUUUCAUAUUAUGGUAGUCAUCAUCAAUAUUUGUCACUCUGCAAAUUCUUUUAUUGCAAUCGGCUUUCUGUCAGAGGUUGUAUGACAUGUCAGGGACCAGUCUUUAGUAUGGGGGAGGGAUGGGGAGGGGGGAGUGAAGGAUUUUUGGGAUAUCACAUUGUAUUCAGGGGGAACGGGGGGGAGGGGCUGGGGGGGGGUCAGUCAUACCUAAUAGAGCACAAAGGGGAGCUAUAUAAAAUUUACUGCUAAUGAUGGGGGUCAUAAGAAUAUUACUGAGCCCUAAUGAGAUCCACCAAACCCCCUCUUCCUUCCCCUCCCUCCGAUGAAUAAUGACCGGUUCAAACGUGAAGUGAAUUGUAGACACUCAUAUUUGUCUUGUUUUUUGGAGGUGAGGAGGUUGUGCCAUCUUCUAAAUGAAACGUUUGCCCUUGUUCUCAGUUUUGUGUGAAAUUUGGAUUACUUGACAAAAUGCUGAAAUGCACUCUUACUGAGAACUCAACGAAUGAUUCUCAUUUGUUUCUUUCAGUCUUACGUGUGCAAUUCAAACGCUAUGGACCCUGAUAAGAACGUGAAUGACUUGAACAAGAGUUUGUCAUCGUUUGAGGAAAUUGCAACUGCUUGCAUGGGAAACUACAAGUUUAGGUACUUAAAUAUACUUGCAUUGUUUACUAAAAUGGAACUUGUCAUCACUUGUCACCUAACAUUUGUUAGCUUUGUUUUCAGAAAAUUGGGGUAAUUUAAUAUUAUCAACUGUGUUGAUAACGUAAAUUGGCCACUGUAAAGAGUUUCAAAGCUGAUGUUUCGAGCGUUAGCCCUUCGUCAGAGCGAAACGGGCGCGUGUUGAUAUGGAAUUUCUCUUCGAGUGUUUAACUCGAUAGCUCACGAGUGAGCGAAGCGAACGAGUGAAAUGUCGAUUUGUACACGAGAAGAAAUCUUUCAGAAGAAAUCUUUCAGGUACGCGGCCAAAAUCGGCCCGUGGCAAAUCUUCCACUCUUUGAUUUUCGUUCUCAGCCAGGAGAAAUGCCAUUACCAAAGCCACUGAAUACGUAACUUUCGGUUUUUCUUUUCGUAUUUUGGUUUUCUUCCCCUUCUAGGAAAGUUUGAACGUCACUGUCUGUAAGCGAUACGGAUUUUUCGGUGUUUUAGCAGCCAUAAUCCGAAAAGAUUCCGACAAACGUCUUUGUAUUAAGAAUGGUGAAGGCUUUGCUGUUCAUUCAUCAACCUGACCGAGUGGCGCGAAAGGCAAGUGACGUGUCAGCAGCUGAUUGGCGAUAUCAAACACACGUGAAAAAUAUCUUAAUUUUUCACGUGUGUUGUCACGUCUUUUCUCAGGGCUGGAAAUCCUUGUAUAACACCGUAGUUUAUAUGAUAAUACUAAAUUACUUUGUGAUACUCUCCCGCCGACGCAGUACCACAGUCAGUUUUUUUUUUAGAAACUUACCUCCUUUAUUGUUUUCAGAUACCUGUUUGAGGGAGUGGGAUUCCUCGUAUCUUCUAUUCUCAUCUCAAACGUUUCGGAGAUUAAGAGGAUUAACCAAAACGGAAUAAAGAAGAUGUAAGUUUGCCUUUGUGCGUUUUCCUUUGAUCAGGGAAGUUUCAACGAAGGAGUUGCCAGUAAUCGGAUGCUCGUGUUUGCGUAAAGAUUUCUGGGUUCGCCAGGGGUCAAACGUUGCAAUUUUCCGGAGGAAAAUAAUUGGCGAAGGUUGCAUCGACGUCCAAAGAAACUAAAAAGACCUUAGCGAGUUAUUUCUAGCACUUCAUAGCUUAUUUUAUAAUAUUUCGAGACCAUUGCGCGAUGUUAAUUUUAGAAUAAACCUUACUUAAGGAGAGCAGGUUACCGGUAGAUUUUAUUGCAUUUUUCUUCAUGAUUAUUUAAGCAAAAGCUUAUUUUUCCGUCGUAUUAACAUUAUUUUAAUCCAUUUCUUAAAACACAGCGGUCCAAAAAAGGGCUUUGAUCUCUUACAAACGUUUUUUGAAGAGGACGUCUAAUAAUCUUUCGCCAUAUAUUUCCUUGCAACUUGCAAAGUUUGACCACUGACGAUCCCAGAACUCUUUGCGCAGUCUAGCCUUGAUACUCUUCCAUUGACGUUAUUUUCUGCUAAUUUAGUGCAUGGUUCACUAUGAAAUUUUAUUUUCUAGGUGCCGUAACAUCUUCGCUAUUCAACAGAACUUGACAAACAUUACCAUGUCUAGGGAGGGGGACCUGGAUCGAGCCAGACAGUAUUAUGAACUGUUAUACUCUAACCCAGAUGUAAGUGCCAGUCUACCGCUUUACUCAGCGCCCACUUUAAUGAACUUCGGUGAAAGAUGAACCCCAUGCAUAUGUUAAGUGGACACCAACUAGAGUCCCAAUUUUGUUGUUACUAUAAUUACUUUAAAAGGACCCAUAUUUAGCGGGCGUGGGAGUUAAUUGGAGCUCUUUUGUAACCCAAAAUCUUCAUCAAGCGGAUCCCUCUGCGAGGUUUAUUAUGGAGUUUAUUUCAUUAAGGAAGCUAUACAGUCUUAAAAUCUUUUGCAUCUCAUCUUUUGCAUUUUAAAGCUUGAUAUGGCGAUCAGGCAUAUUCAAGCAGACAAUUACCCAAGCAGAAAAUUACCCAAGCAGACGAGGCAGAACCUUGCCUGCCUUACACAGUUCAAACAUAUUGGUUUUUUCCAACCGAGUUGAUAAUGUAAAUUGGCCACCGUAUAGAGUUUUUAAGGCUGACGUUACGAGCAUGCGCCCUUCACCCAAGCGAAAAGCCAAAUUGUCUUGUAACUUCCCCCCCCUCCCCCCACCCCCACCCACACAGCAGCACUGCAAUUUCUCUAAACCCCCCCCAUUUUAAAUUACACAAUUAAGUUUGUAUACUUAAAUUAUACACAGCAAAAGUGACAAUGGGUAAGGGAGAUAUAAAUCCCUUUGUUUGACUUUUUCUGCAGGAAAUCUUAACGUCUAUUGAGGAGCAAGACGCCAAGUUUUCCAAAAGGGAGUACACUGACCUUUUGUCACUGCACGCUCGUAGUCAGGCGGUCCGAGAUAACAGUGCGCAUGAACAGCGAAUGGAAAGACUUAAAAAAAUCUUCGACAACAAGCUCAAAAUGGAAGAAUAAUCGCUAAAUCCACUUUCAAAUCUGCAACAAAAUAAAAAAAAACUGUAGUGGAAGUGUUAAAUCAUUGAAAUGUAACUUUCUUAGCCAAGUUUUGAAAAUUGAAAAUUUUUUUUUCCUGUAUAUUUUGUUUUGUUUUGUUCUUCUCCGUGAGGCAAAGCCAACUAUAUGACGAGUUUCAUUUGAUAAACUCCUCAUUAAGAUUUUUUAGACGGUGGAAUGUGCAGAUUUCAAUCUAAUCUCCAAAAUUCAAUGAAAAUCAGUUAGGUUUGUUCGUUGGCACAAUUACUAUAUAGUAUAAUUAAUUCAAAGCAAAUACACGCUCAUUUUUCAAACCGUUGAAACGUUUCUACGUGUAAUGUGCAUCUAGGUGUCGUAAAGGAUUCAAUUUGUUGAGAACUUUAGCAAAAAAUGACAAUAACUGCCCGUGUAUUUCGUUUGAUGGUUGACGGUGAUUUGCGAAAUAUUUUCAAACUCCACCAACGGCUCGUGCUACAAGAACGGAAACUUUUAAAAAGUCACUCGUGCUUAGAAGUCACGAACUGAACUAGCGAUUGUGCAAUUUUCUUUUUCUUAUUCAAACGGUCCUCUGACUCAACCAUUUUGCGAGAACACAAAUGCAGUUUUAUUGCGUCAGCGGAACUCAAAUUGAUUGCUCGACGAACAGUUUAUUGUGUUGUUUCAUUUUAUUGUUUUGCUGUCAUGCCAUUAAUGUUAGUCGAAAUCUAAGCAUAAAAACCUCGACCAAACUCUUCCUUUAAGGAUGAAGAUUUACAAUGAAAAAGAUCAUUUGAUAUCAGUUUGACAUCGUCGUUAAAUAAUAGAGUGAAAUAACGAUAUAAAACAAGUUUUGAACAGCUCUAUUUAUAAGAGCUAAUGAUUAAAGCAGUUGUCAUGGAAUACAUUGCAGAUAGAAUUACAAUUUUUCUCAUCAGGAUAUACAAACUAAAAUUCCUUGGCUGUAAGUAUUUCGCCAACAAAACAAAUAAUGUUAUAAAUCUCCUUCAUCUGAUGUGGUUAAUGAACAUCAGAAAAUAAUUCUUUGAAAAGCUAG